AUUCUUCGCAGUUUAGGGAAUCAUGUGACAGCGUGGUUCUGUGUAGCCUGAAGAUGUAGUUUUUGUUACGAUACAGACAUUACAAGCUUUCCACUAAACUCUUUCUGUUCAGCACCAUUCUAAUAUAGGCCUAGCAAGUAGACGACUGAAUAACCAUGAGCACGGGCACUCCUUAUAUCGGUAGUAAAAUCAGCCUCAUAUCAAAGGCCCAGAUACGGUAUGAGGGCACGCUAUACACGAUUGAUACCGAAAAUUCAACUGUGGCAUUGGCAAAAGUUAGGUCAUUUGGGACCGAAGGAAGGCCAACAGAUAGACCUGCACCUCCAAGAGAUGAAAUCUAUGAAUACAUCAUUUUCAGAGGCAGUGACAUAAAAGACAUAACUGUCUGUGAGCCUCCAAAACUGCACCAUAGUUUACCACAAGACCCUGCCAUAGUUCAGUCAUCCAUUGGCAGCGCUUCAGGGGCCUACUCUUCUCCGGCACCAUAUUCGCCGUACAGAGGCAUGAUGCCCUCGUACAGCCAGCUUGCUGCAAGCUCCCUGUUAAAUCAGCACUAUGCUGCGGCAAUGGGUUUGGGUGCAGGGACUCAUGGCUUUCCAGUCAGAAGGGGCCCAAUGGUCGAACAGGCUGUCCAGACAGUAGCGGCACAGAAAACUGCUCAGAAAAAGGGUGUUUUGGGGUCACAACCUCAGCGACGAGAUGGAGGUAGACCUGUGCGGAGUGGACAAGGAAGCCCUCAAACCCAGAGGUCCUCGGGGCAAGGCAAUGUCUCUGCUGCACAGCGCAGUCCAGCACAAGCACCAAGGCAGGCAAAUGAUGAGAAUCGGCCACCACAAAGGAGACGUCAAGGACCCCGCAGAUCGAGGAACCGUGGCAGAGGCAAGAUGAGCGCUUCUAGCUCCAAACCAACGACCCUCCAAUUUGAGUCCGACUUUGAUUUUGAAACUGCCAAUGCACAAUUCAAUAAAGAAGACAUUGAAAAGGAGAUCCAAGAAAAGCUGAACGUUAAAGAAGUGAAGAAUAAUGGUGAAGAGGACAAGCUGGAAGUGGAAGAGGCUGAACUCAAAAUUGGUGAAGGGACUGUGGAGGAGGAUCCUCUUGGACCUAACUGUUACUACAACAAGGCCAAAUGCUUCUUUGACAACAUCUCCUCAGAGAUGAAAUCGAGACGCACCACAUGGGCAGAAGAGAGGAAGCGGAAUGUAGAGACCUUUGGAGUGCCAGGUCGCUACCUCCGAGGUCGCGGGAUGCGUGGUGGUUAUCGUGGACAGAGAGGAAGGGGGGGUAUGCAGCGACUUGUGGGCAGUGGCCGAAUUUGAUAUGGUGAGCUCAUUUUCUGAGUCCUAGCAUCAGAUGUUCAACUCUGUAUAUUUUAUUUAUUUUUUUUUUCAAUUAGGUUUUCAAUAAUACAAGUUGAAUGUCUGGAACUUAAAAAAAUAUGAUUAGGGACUAUUUUGCACAAACAUGGAUUCCUUUUUAUACUUUUGUUUUUGCAGGUCCCCUGGGGAAAAGUUGUGUUUUUUUUUUCAUUAAUUGAACUGUAUAAAUACUUUUUCUGUUAUGCAAUUUGUUUUUGUUUUCUUUAAAAUAUCAGAAGUGCCAUUGGCAGAACAAUACAUGAACAAAAUGGGCUAGAGGUAGAUUUCUACUUUGGUAGAUAUUUUGGAGCCAUUUUGGUUUAAUUUUGUCAUUACACAUUGUUUGCCCUUCAUUCAUGGUUUAACUUCUGUAUUGUCUGCCCAUAAACUAGUUUGUCUCCCUGACAAUUUGCAUGUGAUGUUCUGCUAUUUGAGCGAAACUCAAACUGUUUGUUUAUGGCAUUGUAAACUAUGUAAUGUACAGCUAAAUACCAAUUAAUUGUAUCUAUAAAGUUGAGAUCCCCCAUACUGUCCUUUAUAAAUGUUUGGUUUCUUUUUUACCUGUUUUGGAAUAAGUAACUUAUUUGUGGGGAGAUUCUUGCUGUUGCAUAUUAUUAAAUAAAUAUACGAAAUGUC